UGUUCUGUUUAUCCUUUAAAGGAAAGCGAUUUUGCUUGUUUAAAUCUGUCAAAAUACAUUUAAGUCAUAGUAAUACAUCAAUAUAUAAUAAAUUGAUAAUUAAAAGUGAAUUUUAUUUUGUACAAAUUAUCUCCACUAUGCCUGAAAAUAAGCAUUUACUGCAAUGUUACAAUCGCGGUUGUGGUCAACUUUUCGACCCUAAUAAAAAUGAUAAAGAUGAAUGCAGUCACCAUCCAGGAGCUCCUGUUUUCCAUGACGCUUAUAAAGGAUGGUCAUGUUGCAACAAAAAAAGUGUUGAUUUCACUGAAUUUUUAAAUAUAAAAGGCUGUACAACAUCUAAGCAUUCUAAUGUGAAACCACCUGAACCAGAAAAGAAAGGUUUGGAUAAAAACUUAGAGCAGAAGGAAGUCAUAGAGAUCAGGGCACCCAUACAAACACCUCAAAUACCUAGGCCACCUUUUGAAACACCUCUUGUGCAACUAAAGCCACAAAUUGCCGAUUCACUUAAAGCAGAAGUUCAAAAGACUGUUCAAAAAGUAACUCUUGCCAGUGAUGGUGAUAUACCUAUUGGUACCACAUGUAAGAAUGGGGGAUGCAAUGUGUCAUAUGAAGGUCCACAAACAAACGAAUUGGUGUGCACUUAUCAUCCAGGGUGUCCAAUAUUCCAUGAGGGUCUCAAAUUCUGGUCAUGUUGUCAGAAAAGAACUACAGAUUUCAAUACUUUCCUAAGUCAACCUGGAUGUACCACUGGUUUCCACAAAUGGACUAAGGAGGGUCCAGCUGCUGGCACAGUGAAGUGUCGUUGGGACUGGCAUCAAACACCUGACUAUGUCAUAGUAAGUGUUUAUGCAAAGAAAUACGAUCCAACAACAAGCUACGUAAAAUUGAACCCCAUUCGACUCGACACGAAGCUUGUCUUUAAAGAAGAAGGUAAUGCUACGUUUGAAUUGGAUCUUGAAUUAAGAGGUGUGAUAGAUGUAGAGAAUAGUACUGCUUCAAUGCUGGGCACAAAAGUUGAAAUUAAAUUGAAAAAGGCGGAACCAGGUGCUUGGAGUAAGCUAGAUUUUCCAAGAGCAGAGCCAAAGAAGGAACCCGUUCUUCCACAACCAUUAGUACCUACGGAAGAAGAUGAUUCAGUUGACCUCUCUACAGUGGAAGCAAUACAAUCUAUUGGUAAAGUUAAUGUAACAGAUUGAAAUAUACAAAAUUUAUUAUUAUUUAUGUAUAAAAUGUUUUUCACUUUUUUAUUAGUUGAAUUUGGAUUGUGAAGCACGAUUAUGUAUUUGAUGUAAUAUUGUAUCGAGGACAGUAGAAAAUAAAA